AUGCUUUCCAUAUUCAGUCACGCGGGCUCGCUGCAGCUGAACGCUGACGACAAGAGCGGCGAUGCCGACGGCAAGGGGGCCGAGCGGACCAACGCCUCUACUUUUCCAUUAAUCUCCCCAGUGAUCUACCCCUUCGAUCCGAAUAAUCUCGAAGAUCGCUACAUACUACCAGCCCAGCAGAACAUCGUAGACCUGGGCUACGGAGGAAGCUGUGAGCGCGGGUGGUACGACGUCCAGGGGCAGGGCAUCUGCAACGACUAUUGCAGGUGGGUUGGAAAUUGUGGAUGUGGAGGCAGCUGCUCAAGGUUCGACUGCGCGCUCGCAGGGUCGAGCAGCAUCUACACGGGAAACGACUAUGGGUGGGCGAGAGGGAGCCAAUGCCCGCAUCAGGGUGCUGAGACGAGAGUGCUUACCGUGACUGGGCAAGUCGGUCCAAGCAGCGCUAUGUUGUCCCAGUACAAUAAUGUCCGUGCAGUCCUGCACCGAAGCGAUUUCACUUUGUGGAUUUUCGCUGUCUACCAUGGGGGCUACACCAAGAUGGUUGGUGUAACCAUAGUGAACGGAGUUGAAACAGGUUCGCGAUCUGCCCGAUAUGUGUCAGGGUAUCACAGCCUGACGCGUGCAUCAAUCAGCAGUCUCUGGGACAGUGGUACUACAAUGGCAUAUUCAUGUGGAGAAGGAUACUGCCUCCACUACGUGCACAUUGACCCGUCGGCAGCAUGGACGCUCACGCAAGCCGUGCGAGUGGGCAACACGAUCCGAAAAAUAUCCAGUGGGUCGGCGUACGAUGCCUCGGCGAGUGCGCACGGCAUUGUAAGCGUAAGCAUCCAGGCUGAAGAGACAUGGGCACACAAACGGGUUGGUCUCACCGCUGAUCUGACAGACAAUUCGAAAUACCCGAAUGGAGCAUAUAUAGGCCUUUUCCCAGCAGGGCGAGUCUACAUACCUGGUAGAGCCGACAGCACAUACACGACGCAUGAUGUGUUCAGGUUUCAGUGGGAGGCGAACAUGAUUGUCGUGUACAAAAACGGUGUGAGGCUCCAUUCUUGGUCGGUGGCAAGCCCCCCAAGGGGUGUGCUGUUGUAUUUCUACGAGUACGGCGCGUCAUUGCAGGUGUUUACUUCGCCGGUGUCCCUUUGGCAGCCAGACAACACGUGGUACGUCGUCGACGGCUCAACGGUGACAAGGAGUGCGGCUUCAUCAUGGCUCUGGAGGACCAUAGCGUUUGGCCCAUGGAUAGAGUCAGGGACUUACACGGCAUCGUUUGCAUAUGUCGCGUCGUCCCAUGGCUGUACUCAAUCGCCAGGCUGCAGUGUAGCAUUCGGUGUCGUAUUCGAAGGGUACGAUCUUGGACAGAGCGGAUGCUACCACAGCAGCGUUGAUGGGUACAAUUGCCAAUCUGGUCGAGGUCUCCAACUUCUAGGCAACAAGUGGGGUCAAAGUAGUUGGCAGGGUUGUUCAAAUCACGGUAUUCAAGUUGGUGAUGUGAUCCGUGUGCAGAUCGACAUGUCCCUCGCAACAAUGACCGUUGCCGUCAACGGUGUAAAUUGCCCACCGUUCCAAUCACUUCCAAGUCAAGUUCGACUAGCGGUAUCCACAGAAAGGGAUGGAGACAUUGUCGCUGCAUUGCUGACAUCAUCGAUCUCCACGACGCCCAGCCCCACGGCCAGCCCUACGGCCACCCUACGGCCAGCCCAACUGCCAGCCCGACAGCCAGCCCAACGGCAAGCCCAACUGCCAGCCCGACGGCCAGCCCGACGGCCAGCCCAACUGCUAGCCCGACAGCCAGUCCGACGCCCAGACCCACGCCCCACCCGACGCGCUUCCCGACGCGCAGCCCCACGCCCCACCCGACGCGCUUCCCGACGCGCUACCCGACGCCCUCGACGCCCAACCCGACGCGCUACCCGACGCCCUACCCGACGCCCUACCCGACGCGCUACCCGACGCCCUACCCGACGCCCUACCCGACGCGCUACCCGACGCCCUACCCGACGCCCUACCCGACGCCCAACCCGACGCGCUACCCGACAGCCAGUCCGACGGCCAGCCCGACGGCCAGCCCGACGGCCAGCCCGACUGCUAGCCCCACGGCCGGCCCAACUGCCAGCCCGACAGCCAGCCCGACGGCCAGCCCCACGGCCAGCCCUACGGCCAGCCCUACGGCCAGCCCGACGGCCAGCCCGUCGGCCAGUCCGACGGCCAGCCCGACGGCCAGCCCGACAGCCAGCCCAACUGCUGGCCCGACGCCAAGCCCGACGGUCUGCACAACGGUUCAAGGUGGUUUUGCCCUCACCGUCCCCGACCCCGAAGAAUUUGCAGAGAAUUGUUCCAACGGUACAGACGUGCGAGUUGCUCUAG